CGGCUUUCUCUCAUCUAGGGAUCUCUCACUGGCAACGAAACCUUGAGUUCCGACAUCCAGUGAUCCCUCAGCUUUAGUCUAGUCUUCGCUGCCUUCCUGCAUCUACGGUCCUCCGCGAAUUACCGAGUGUAGUUAUCCUUUAAAAAAACUUUAUAAUUAAUAUUCUAUCACUUAAAUUUACAAUCAAUAAUAUUAUAUUAAAAAUAUUUAAAAUCAACCCAGUUAAGUUGAUUAAUUUUACCAAAAAUUAGUCUUUGAUACCACAAUGUGAUUCAGUGCUUGUUAAUUGUUGGUGAUAAUCCUUAAAAUAAUGGAAAUUGAUAAAAAGGUGGUUCUCGUAAAUCUUAACAUGCUCUGACAUUAUCGCGUAGCUCAAGUGCGUUUAAUCUUGCCCCAGGAUAAUCUCUUUACUAUUGAACCAACCACGGGGCGGUUCUUUUCCGGCCUAGCAGGAGACUUGAAGCGACGACAGUGGAACGUCGAUGAGGAUAUUAGAAACGAGGAAACGGAGCAAGUAAACCUUGAAGAGGAUAACGACUCUCCCAAGGAGGAUGCCUGUACGUUGCAGGAGGUGGACUUGGUGGCGAAUUGUCCGCUGUUACGAGUGACACCCUCGCGUACGCCCUCGCCGGCACCAAGUUAUCUGUCGUCAAGUUACAAGAGCAUGGGCCAACGUCCCAGCACACUUUUGCGCCCUAAAAUAUCCUUGACUUGGGUACUUCGCGGACAACAGCACCAACACAAUGAAGUUAACAAUACCGCGAGCAUUCAGGACUCUCAGAUUAUUCGCAAGAGCAAAGAUAGGUCGUCUAGAAGGAGUGUCAAGAGUAUCAAGAGCAUCAAGACCAAGGAAAGUACCGAGAUUAUUGAUCGGGAUAAACAUGAACGCUGCAAUGUCUUGCAAGAGAUUGAUAAGAUUGUAAGACAUGAAAAGCCAGCGAAAGAACUGAACAAGCAACCAGAAACCCUAGUAAGCAGUAAAGCUGACCAAAAACAAGACUCAAAAGAUCCAUCUGAGACGGAUAAAGUGAAACGCGCUGUAUCAGAGCCAUUUUUAGCAUUAAAAGAAUCAGCGACGCGUGAAAAACAUCACCGCCAUCGAAGAACCAAAAGAAAUCACAACCCGCGACCACCAACGAGAUUUGGUUACGAGAUCGCUGAUCUCGAUUCCUUUCUUACAAAGGCGUCAAUAGAGCGUCCGGCAAACAUUCCAGUUGUUUUGUCAUUUCCUACGACGUUGUACCAGACUCAAGGUGGGGGUCAAGACGAGAUAGCAUUGCCUCUAGGCACCGUGGUCAAUGCGGUUUUCAAGAACCAAGCCUGGCUGUACGUCCAGACACCUCAUGGCCAGGAAGGCUACGUAGGGUACGCAGCGUGCCUUCCUCUGGGCAUCCUGCCUCAACCCACAUGUGGCCCCUGCUGGGAAGACUCUACUGACGUGUUCCCCAGGCCCAUCGGGAACAUGACUGACACUGAGAAGCUCAGAGACACCAGGUCCGAAUGUGGAGUCCGUGAACGCUCCUCCAGGGUGCGUCGUGGCCAUCGCGACGCAGUUUCUGCCUGCGGAGAACGCAGUGUUGACAGGUUGUAUCUUCGAGCUGCUGCCAACGCCAGGACCAAGGGCUCUAGGCAGACUCUUCUGGUCAUCCGAAGCGACUACGAGGGCCGAGGAAGUAAUUCCAUCAGUGUUUCCAAGGGCGAUGUCGUUGCUUUGCUCAGCGAUCAUGUCCAAGGAUGGUUCUGGGUCAGGUCUAGAGACAGUAGGGAAGGUUUUAUUCCUGCUGUAAUUGCUGGCCAUGGAUUCUUGUGAUUUAUUACUACACUGAUAGAAAGUUAGCUUGACUUUAGAAAAAUAAUUUUAUAAUAAGGAAAAGCAAUAAAUUUUUUAAGUCAAGAAAAAAAAUUCUUGAGC